CUACCUCUCUCCAUCCACCUCGACCUCGCUCCGCUUUCUCUCUCUCCGCCCCUCCUUCUCCGCCACCAUAUAACCGCUCUCUCUCCUCCCUGAGAUCAAACAACAGUCGUCACUUGGCUCUGUGUCUGUCUCCUCCGGCCACUUCUCCGAUCUCUCUCUGUCCCUUGCGCCUAGGGCUGCGGGCUGUGCCUGCCGUCGUCGGACAUGGGGAGAUCGCCGUGCUGCGAGAAGGCGCACACCAACAAGGGCGCCUGGACCAAGGAGGAGGAUCAGCGGCUCAUCGCCCACAUCAAGGCCCAUGGAGAAGGGUGCUGGAGAUCGCUCCCCAAAGCAGCAGGGUUGCUGCGUUGUGGAAAGAGCUGCCGGCUGCGGUGGAUCAAUUACCUGAGGCCGGACCUUAAGCGCGGCAAUUUCACCGACGAGGAGGACGAGCUCAUCAUUAAGCUUCACGAGUUCCUCGGAAACAAGUGGUCGUUGAUCGCCGGGAGGCUGCCGGGGAGGACGGACAACGAGAUCAAGAACUAUUGGAACACGCACGUCAAGCGUAAGCUCCUCGCCCGCGGCGUCGACCCGCAGACCCACCGCCCGCUCAAUGCUGGAGCCGCCGCCGUGCAGGGGAUGAACACGCCUUCGUCCCCCGCCGUGGCGAGCGGCGCCAGCCACCACCAGCUCGCGGGUGGCUCCAGCUGCUCGCCAGAUGGCAGUGGCCACAGCAGCGACGCCGACGAGAGCGGCGUAUCCUUGCCGCCGUCACUGGCGGGGCACCUCGGCGGUGCCAUAAUCGACCUGAACCUGUCCAUAAGCCCGCCCUGCCAGCCGCCUUCGCCGCCGCUAGGACGAGAAGAGGCUGGUAUGCUCAGGACGGGAUACUCGGAGAGGCAGAGGCUAUGCUUGUGCUUGAACCGGCUGGGGUUGCACGGCAGCGAGGGGUGCAGCUGUGUGGGUUCCUCGUCUUCUUCUUCCUUGCACCCGGCGAGCUCCGGAGUGUUAAGAACUUAAGAUUGGUUAAUGCCUCGCUUCAGAGAUCCUAAAGUACAAUAGCUUAGACACCGAGAUAUUAGCUUCAGGAGAAGCCAGAGCUCAGAUUAAUUAGAGAAAGUAUGACGGGAGUACUAGUUAUACUGAAAUUUAUGUUUUUCCGGAGCAUUUUUGUGUAAGUUGAUCGUAGGAAGUUCUAUGUUUACCUUCA